AUGAAGCUCCACUACAUCGGAAUCAUCAAAAACGAGGAGAAGCCGAGCCACGAGCUGUGCGCGGAGAUGGACCUGAGCGCAUACUCGAGAUUUACGAAGAAGAACUACGGGGAGUUUAUGACGAUGUUCUGCAAGACGGUCGCGGAGAGGACGAGGCCCGGACAACGGCAAGACGUGGAGGAACAAGACUACACGUUCCACGCCUACGGCCGCACCGAAGGUAUCUGUGGCAUCAUCAUCUCGGACCACUCUUACCCGGCGCUGGUGGCACAUCAGCUGCUCUCCAAGGUCGUCGACGAGUUCCUGGCGAAGCACCCGCGCUCCACGUGGGCGAACUCCACCCCGACACUGCCGUUCCCCGAGCUCAAGGAGUACAUCGUCAAGUACCAGGACCCGGCACAGGCGGACAGCAUCAUGAAGAUACAGAGGGAGCUUGAUGAGACGAAGAUUGUGCUGCACAAGACGAUUGAGAGCGUGUUGGAGCGCGGCGAGAAGAUUGAUGAUCUGGUCGCCAAGAGCGAUGGGUUGAGUGCGCAGAGCAAGAUGUUUUAUACACAAGCGAAGAAGCAGAACUCUUGUUGUAUGAUCAUGUGA